AUGGCUCUUAGCGCAGUCAAUCUUAUUAGUCCAACUGAUUACGUAAUUCCAGGUGAAUCUUUUCAAACUAAUGGCUCUUCAAAAUCUCAAGAAGCUCAGAAACGAAGUGAUCUACAAAUCAGCAGGUUGCCUAAAACUUACCAAACAUUCUUAUUACUGUUACCUGAUAUUAUUUCACUUGAUGGAAUAGAAUAUAUUGGAAUAAAUACCCUUCAUCGACCAGCAAAUUGGUCAUAA